AUGGUUCGAUUGUUCCGAGAGGAAGAAGUGCCCCAUCACACUUUUCCUCUCCCUUCGGAACGGAACAUCCACACGGUGGUUCGAGGAGUUCCGGUCAACUUAUCGGAUUCUGAGAUUAAGGAAGGACUUGAACAGAGGCGAUAUAGCUCUGUCCAUAUAAUUCGAUUGAGGCGCAGUGGCGGCAAGCCCAUGCCUUUGGUGGUCGUGAUACUGCCCAAGAGUGAAAAGUACCAGCAAGUAUUCAAUAAACACGAACUGCUGGGACUGGCCAUUCAAGUUGAGGUAACGGCUGCUUUUAACAAGAGCGAUAAUGCAUUUUGCAGUAUGAACCUCGAAAAUAUAAAAUCAGUUUUAAGUCUUGAGUCCAAUAAAGUUAUACCGAUUGUGGCCGAUAAAGGAGACGCAAAUGCUAGUGAAGAAGUAAGAAGUGUUCUCGAAAAAAUUAUAGACGUAAUAGAAACUGACCAAUUGGACCCUGAAAAAUGUGGCAAACGGAAAAAUAUUGUCGAAGAGGAUCUGUAUUUAUCGUCGGACACGGAUCCUUUCCAAACUGAUGAUGAAGAAAACGACCCUAAUUUUAAUCCACAAGAAAGCAAAAAAAAGAAGAGAAAAAACUUUAAUUUUGAAAACAAUUAUAAAGAAACUGAUACAAGUUCUAACACAGAUGAAAAGAAUAAUAAUGUUAGAAAAAUAUCUUCAAAAAAGCUAAGAAGAGAACAUACGUGGAAAAGAAACAUAAUUAAGUCAUCGAGAAAUCAAGGAAAGAAAUACACCAACUGGAAAGGAAAGAAACAAUUUGCAAGAAAAAUGAAAACAUCAUGUGAAGAGAAAUGUAGAAUGAAGUGUCUAAAUAAAAUGAGUGAAGAAGGAAGACAUAAAAUAUUUACUGAAUAUUGGGGAUUAGGAGAUGUCAACCGUCAACGUGAUUUCAUAUCCAAAUACGUUACAGUAGUUUCUAAAGCUAGAACUAGAAUUCGUAAAAAGAAUAAGCAUCAUCCCGCUGAAGAACCAGAAAAGAAUGACAAUACAUUCUUAGAACUGUCUAAUGAUAAAAACAGUAGAAGAAACAGUACUUUUAUAUACUCUCUUCCCAAAAAUGAAAACAAUAAGGUGCAAAUAUGUAAAACUUUUUUUCUAAAUACACUGUCAAUUAGUGCACAGGUAGUCAAAAACGUUAUGAACAAAACUGGAACUUCGGGUAUUGUUUCCGAAGAUAGACGAGGAAAACCUGGUAAAAACACUCUUAUGGACGAGUCUACUAAGCAAAAUGUCAGGGAUCACAUAAACUUAUUUGAGACAAUUGAAAGUCACUACUGUAGACAAACGACCAGUCGUAUAUAUUUACCCCCAACACUUACGCCCAAAAAGGAUCCUUGCGAUAUUUGCCACAAAUACGAUAAUAGUUCUCCAGAAGAAAAAUUAGAGUUGGAAGAAGAUUAUCGCAUCCAUAUCCUAAAUAAAAAUAGGGCAAGAGAAAUCAAACAGUUUGAGAAACAAAGAGCAGCUGAGAAUAGCAGUGAGGUUUGUUGCGCUGUCUUUGACUUGCAACAAGUGUUACCAGUUCCCAAAUCUAAUGUUGGCCUGUCCUAUUACAAAUUAAAGUUAUCAACUUACAACUUUACUGUGUUCAACCUAGCAACAAAAGAGUGCUACAUGUGGAAUGAGGUAGUCGGAAACAGAGGUGAAGGUCAAUACACUAAAAGGAAGGUCACUUUGCUAAGCCUAAUAUGGAAUCUGAAAAGAUCAGAUUCGCUGAAGAGGAGCAUAAAAGAACUAUUGAAUCCAUGCAACCAAACUGUGAUACGGAAUAUGAACUUCUCAGGAAAGAAUCGGGCACAAAUUAAAAAAUAGAACGGGAGGCAGAAGUAACAAUUGAUGAAAUAGGAGUCCAAUAAAUUAAAAUCUUAUUACUAGAAAAACAUGUUCUGCUACAAAAAAUAAAAAAAC